AUGAGGAUAGAUCCUGACAAUCAGCAAAUGAGUCGGUCGGAUGAAAGAUUGAUUAACAGACUAAAGAAGGAAAUCAUUAAGCGCCGGGAUGAUCUGAAGAAAUCCGAGGGUGCCGUAGCACAGCUCCGGGCACAAUGGGCAAAAAGAACAAAAGAGCGCACACAGUACUUGCAGCAGGUGAAGAAGGAAUAUGAAAAAACCAUCGCCAAACUAAAGGGAAAAAUGACUUCCCUUGAGGACAAGGCAGCUAAGCAAGCUGAAGCUUAUGAAAUCGAAAGUGGACACUGUUACGAUUUACUGGCUCGAUUGGAAGAUGAAAUACGGCACUUGCAAAGGCAGCAUCUCCAGGAUUCUCAGGUUUUGGGGGGCUGUAGUGAUCAGAUAAGGCGCCUGCUCAUAGAAAAAGGUCGAACCAGGAACAAAAUUGGGACUAUUGCCCAUGCCAUCAUUAGGAGAUGCCGAAUGUGUGAAGACAUGACCCACACUACCUUCAUGUCAGCAGUAAUGGUUUUCGUCAAGCGGACAAUUUAUAAAUCUGGGCUAUUAUCACUUUAUUCAGAGUCAAAACUCAUCAAUGAAGCUAAAGAACUUUACUUUAUGAUAAGGGAAGACAAAAAGUUUCCAUCUUUAUCAGCUUUUAAUGUGUUUCUUGAAUCUUUGAAUAGUUUGAGACAUUACAAAGUGACCCUUGAAGUGUUUGAUGAUGUAGUGAGUUGGGGUAUAAGGGUUGAUAGGUUUAGUUAUGGUAAAGCUAUUCAAUCAGCUGUGAAAUUGGGGGAUUUAGGUAAAGCUUUGGAGUUGUUGAAUUGUAUGAGAAAGGAUAAGUUGAGUUUAAAUGAUUUUGUGUAUAAUGUAGUGAUGGGUGGGUUGUGUAAAGAGAGGAGAGUUGGGGAAGCCCGGAAACUGUUUGAUGAAAUGCUUGAGAGAAGAGUCUCACCGAGUAAAGUGACUUAUAAUAUUCUUAUGGAUGGUUGGGGAAGAUGGAGGAACCUGAUUGUGUUGUGGAAGGGUUAUGGAUUUGUACCUGAUGGGUUUACUUAUAGUAUACUUUUCGAUGGGCAUUCACGACGUGAUGAUGUUAGUUCUUCGUUGGCGUUGUAUGAAGAAGCGGUUAAGAAAGGGGUACAUAUGAAUGAGUACACAAGUAGCGUUUUGUUGAAUGGCUUGUGCAAGAAAGGGAAGACAAAUAAGGCUGCAGAGAUUUUGAAGAAGUUGAUGGAAAAUGGGCUUACUCCUACUGAGGUGUUGUUUAAUACCAUUUUGAGUGGCUAUUGCAAAGAAGGCAACAUGGAGAAGGCUUAUUCAACUAUUGACGAAAUGGAAAUUUCCGGGGUGAAGCCAAGCUGCAUCACAUUUAAUACUAUGAUCACGAAAUUCUGUGAAUUGGGUAUGAUGGAUGAGGCAAAAGAAUGGUUAAGGUAA